GCGCUGAGGGCUGCCAGUCCGGCGCUCUUGGUUUUCCCGCGGCCCCGGCUUCCCGGGAGCUGGGCCCCGUGGGCAACGUAGGGGAAACGGAGCGGCGGCAGGCGGAGUUCCGCGCCGACGGGGUCAGUCAGGCUCGUGGCUGAAGGACCUCAUCUUUCUUCCACAGGCCCUGGAAGUUAAAUCCCCGCCUUCAUCCGGCUUGGGGUCUACCACAGCUCAUCUCCUGUACCCAAUCCUCAGAGAUCUCCUUCCGAGGGGGCCAUGGAUAACUCGGCAUCUUUGCCUCCUGUCCCUCCGUCCCCAAACUGCAACCCAGCCCCACGGACCAUCCAGAUUGAGUUCUCUCAGCAUAGCUCAUUGCUUCUGGAAGCCCUGAACCGUCACAGACUAGAGGGAAAGUUCUGUGAUGUGUCCCUUUUGGUGCAGGGCCGGGAACUUAGGGCUCACAAAGCAGUGUUGGCUGCAGCCUCUCCUUACUUCCAUGACAAGCUUCUCCUAGGGGAUGCGCCACGUCUUACCCUGCCCAGCGUCAUUGAAGCUGAUGCCUUUGAGGGGCUGCUCCAACUCAUUUAUUCAGGGCGCCUCCGCCUGCCACUGGAUGCUCUCCCUGCCCACCUCCUCGUGGCUAGUGGCCUCCAAAUGUGGCAAGUAGUAGAUCAGUGCUCAGAGAUUCUUAGAGAAUUAGAAACCUCAGGUGGUGGAAUUUCAACCCGUGGAGCGACACCUUAUCACACACUUUUUUCCACCACAUCUUCAGCAGGAGGAUGGUGCAUUCGCUCUUCCCCUUUCCAGACUCCUGUGCAAUCUUCUGCUUCUACCCAGAACCCCGUUGGAGGAGAGGGGAGUGAACUGGGAGAUGUGUUACGGAUUCAAGUUGAGGAGGAGGAGGAAGAUGAUGAUGAUGAAGACCAGGGGUCAGCAGCACUCUCUCAGACUCCUCAACCUGUGAGAAUAUCAGGGGUUCCCCAUUCUCAUGGAUCCCACCCACUGCCCAUAUCUGCUACUCCCCGUAGGCUUCCGGAGGAUGAGAGUGCACCACUUGAACCUUCUACCCCUUCUUCUGCACCACCCCCCAAAAUCUUCUACAUUAAGCAGGAACCCUUUGAGCCUAAGGAGGAGAUAUCAGGAGGUGGAACUCAGGCUGGAGGAGUAAAGGAGGAGAACACCAUGUUUCCUGAAGGGGACACUGAAGGGACUGAAGAGCUAGGGUUCUUGACACUCUCAGGAGCAGGGACAACAUCUGGAGGAGGAGGAGGAGGAGGAGGAGGAGGAGGUGGAGGUCCAUCUUGGAAACCAGUGGAUCUUCACGGGAAUGAAAUCCUGUCUGGGGGUGGGGGACCUGGAGGAACAGGGCAGGCUGUUCAUGGGCCUGUGAAGUUAGGGGGGACACCCCCUGCAGAUGGAAAAUGCUUUGGUUGCUUAUGUGGGAAGCGGUUUGCAGUGAAACCAAAGCGUGACCGGCACAUUAUGCUGACCUUCAGCCUUCGGCCCUUUGGCUGUGGCAUCUGCAACAAGCGCUUCAAACUGAAGCACCAUCUGACAGAGCAUAUGAAGACCCAUGCAGGAGCCCUGCAUGCCUGUCCCCAUUGUGGUCGUCGGUUCCGAGUCCAUGCCUGUUUCCUUCGCCACCGGGACCUGUGCAAGGGCCAGGGCUGGGCCACAGCUCACUGGACAUACAAAUGACUACUGAGGCCAUUAACAUUAACUAGGACAAGAGAGCCAAUGCUGCUGAUGGAUACUUACCCUCUCUACCAUAGCACCCCAAUCAUGGAUCUUGUAAUCAUGCCAAGAGGAUAGAUAUAUUAUGGACCUCUUGUUCCUAGCAGAUUUGGAAUCUCAGAUUUCUCAUUCCCAGGUUUUUAUUAAUCACCUUACAGGUCAUAUUUAAUUGGUCAUUUACCCAUAAUAGACCUUUUCAUACAGGAAACCAGAUUUUAGAUUAGAAGUUUAUUUGGAGAAGAGGUAGAGCAAAAAGGCAUAAUAAAGGUUUCAUUCAGUCUCCAUGAGGAGUCAAAGGAGCUGGUCUCCAUCUAGAGAUAUGUUUGAUUUAGAGUUCUAGUAAUUCAGAGACUAAACUCUAAGCUUUUCUUUCCCUCAUCAUUGCUGAAAUGUGAGCAGAGUUCUUUUUUAUGUACUUCCCUUGUUAUGUCUUUCUGGAAGCCCAUCAGAUUAUAACUUGCUUUCUUAACCAGUAGAUAUCUAACCAACACCUUUAUUUUUAUGUUGUAGUUGAGCACUUUAACAAGUUGAACAUUCCAUAUGUCAUUCUUAGAACCCUCUUUAAUAGAAGGUAUUUUCUCAACAGCCUGUGCCACUUGUCUACUUUUGGCCACUACUUAUCACUCAUACAUUGAUUACAAUGACUGGAAUGUGAUCAGUGAAUUCAGAGAAUGGCCACUGACCUAAAAUGCUCUCAAGGUAGCACCACUGCUCUGAACAAGUGGCUUUGCUCAGAGGGAUUCAGGGCUGAGAAAGCACAUACUGAAGGCUGGAGAGUAACGGCAUAGUGGGACCACAUCCCCUUCCCAUUCCCCCAUCUGUACAUGACAGCCCCUUGGUUGACAGGUAGAAGGGCAGCUUUUGAAGUGGGGAGAUUGUUGCAGGUUACUUAAUUUCUUUAAAUAAAAUUUGCCCUGAAAUAGAGAGCUGGCAAUGGACUGAACUGACUGUGGGAGAGAGAAUGUGAAAAAGUUGCCAAGACUUGGAUGUGUUUUACAGAUCGGUUAUGUUGAUGGGGAAAGAAUAGGGUAGUUGCACACUGGUGCAGAGAAAACAGUUCUGGACUUCAGUGUGUUAGAUUUUAGG